AUGGGAGUUCUUGACACCGUGAAGCAGACGCUGUCCCAAGCUGUGUUCACUCCGUCUAGUCUGCUGUCUGGACGAGGGGCACUACACAUGGCUCAGAUCAUCAUCUCCGUGGUCACCUUUGUCCUGGGUUCCCUCAGAGGAGGGAGCACUCACACCUACUGGAACUACGCCAUGUUCACCUGGGCUUUUUGCCCCAUCAUGACGCUCAUCAUCACCAUCAUUGAGAUGUUCAAGCUUGAUGUCAUCCUCAACAUGUUUUGCAUGGACUGGGACGACUUCACCACAGGAAUAGCCAUGUCUUCUUCGCUCAUGACCAUCUCUGUCGCCAUCACGUACGCCAACUUCUAUGCCUGCCUGAAAUGUGUGUAUGGCUGGAUAGUGAGCUUGUUUGCCUUCCUGUGUGGCUUGGUCUACAUUCUCGAAGUGGUGAAAGACAAAUGUCUAGACAAGAAGAAAAGCAGCUACCUGGCUGCUCUGCCUGGAUUCUGGAAAGUUUUGGAGGCUUUUGUGAGCUGCAUGAUUUUUGUUUCCCUCACUGGUUACAGAGACAAACCAGCUCUGAUCUUUUGUGUCAUUUUGUACAUCAUCCCUUUCCCCAUCCUGCUUUUGAUCAUCCCCACCAACAUCUUGAAAAAGCUGAAGGCAUGUUUGCCCUUUAACCUGGACAGGUUUGUGUUCAUUUUCCUAGUGAUCUCCGUGGUGCUUUAUAUCAUUGCUGCUAUCAUUUGGCCCAUUUACACAUUCAGAAACAAUCCUCGUCCCAAAGACUGCCCGCCCAGCUAUUGCAUCUGGGCCAUUCAGUUCAUGGUGGCCUUUUUUACAUAUGUGAAUCUCACUCUUUUUACUGUGGAUCUUAUUUUCACACUGCUUGGUAUUUGUGGUUUUAAACGCACAUAA